AUGGGAACAUUAUUAAUUGAAGAUUCGAAAGAUAAGAAGGACGGAAGAAAAUUCGUUCCAGGGUCGAUUCUGGCAAAUCUGAUAGCAGAUAUGCCAGAUCUGCCAGAUACAGUAGAUAUAGUAGGUCAGAUGUGA